AUGAAGAAACAUCAGACGCGCCAAAAGACUCUUAAUGAUCCGAUAAUAGUAUCGCGUGUGAAGAAUUAUUUAGCAGAAAAUGUGGAUAAAACAUUUGUCGAUGUCAGCCAAAUGGCGCGUUCUCUCAAAGAGCGAUAUCGUGAAUACAGCAAUAGAAGCGACAACGCAUUCUGUCAAAUGGUCGAAAGCGCGUACAAAGUGGUAUUACAAAGCUACGGAUUAGACGGGGCAACAACUUCUGAGGGUUCUGAGGAGGAAUCUGACAUAGAAUUAUUAGAUGAAAACAACAGUGCUCUUAACGACCGUUUAUUAGCGAUGUAUAAAAUGCAAGACAAGAAACGACCGGCGGCCUCCCGCAGAGCUACCGACAAAUCUGGCGAACCUAUUGACAUACUAAGUAGCGAUGAAGACGGCAGCGCCGCGCCGAAAUUACCGAAAAUCAAUGAUCAAAUUACGAUAACCCCACAUAUACCUUCAAAAAAUUCGAACAACGCUGCAACGGAAAGUACUAACAAAACAUCAGUUAUUCAAAAUGCGGUUGAUAAAAAACGAAGGCCUGAUACAAAUAAAAUUUCAUCAACAAAGAAAAAAUUCGAUAUAGGGGAAACAAAAAAUGUUAAAGUUAAUUUUGAAGACGUGGGUGGGCUGUCAGACAUUAUAACGCAAAUUUGUGACCUUAUAUUGCAUAUGAAACAUCCAGAGGUGUAUAAGGAAUUGGGUAUAAAGGCUCCCAGAGGAGCUUUAUUACAUGGGCCACCAGGAACUGGAAAAACAUUGAUAGCUCAUGCUAUUGCUGGUAAAUUGCAAUUACCUUUCAUUGCAGUUAGUGGUACUGAGUUAGUCGGUGGUGUAUCAGGCGAGUCUGAAGAACGAAUAAGAGAGUUAUUUGAGAGAGCCGUUUCUGUGGCACCCUGUAUUUUAUUCAUUGACGAAAUAGAUGCAGUGUGUGGAAAUAGAAUUCAUGCUCAGAAGGAUAUGGAGAAGCGCAUGGUAGCUCAAUUACUGGCUAGCUUGGAUAGCCUAAGUGAAAAUAGUGCUCCUGUUUUAAUACUUGCUGCGACAAAUAACCCUGAUGCUUUAGAUCCUGCUUUGAGAAGAGCUGGUCGCCUUGAACAGGAAAUAGCAUUGGGUAUUCCAACAUUAAACGCUAGAAAAGAGAUUCUAGAGAUUUUAUGCAAGAAUUUAGUAUUAGAUGCUGAUGUAGAUAUGAGUGCACUUGCUCAAAUCACUCCUGGUUUUGUAGGAGCUGACUUACAAGCACUUGUAAACAAAGCUAGUACUUAUGCCAUAAAAAGAAUUUUCUCAGAGAUUCGCCGUAAGGCAAAAGUACAAACUACGGUUAAUUUAAAUGAAGCUCCAAAAUCAAACGAGGACGUUAAUAUUGUUCCAAACGGAGAUAAAGAAAAUGAUGAGCCUACAGUCACAACUGCCAGCAGUGAAGAAAACAAUGAAAACAAUACAGAAGUAGUUCAAAAUCCACCUAAAGAUGAAACGGAACAACCAACAGAAAAUAGUAACAUUCCUGUAAGUACUGAUGAGGAAAGUCAUGUCAUUGUAACACCAAAGGAGGUACCUAACAAUCCUCUUAAUGAUGUUUUUAGCCUACUUGAAGACAACAUGCCGUAUACUGCUGAAGAAUUAACUGGCCUUUCUAUAAGACAUGAAGAUUUCACAAGAGCAUUAAAAACAACAAAGCCUUGUGCAGUGCGAGAAGGUAUUGUCACAGUCCCUGAUGUGUCAUGGGAUGAUGUGGGAUCUCUAAGCCAAGUUCGUAAAGAUUUACAAUUAGCAGUGUUAGCACCAGUUAAAUAUCCUGAACAACUAAAAAAACUUGGCUUGUCUGCCCCCAGUGGCGUCUUACUCUGUGGCCCUCCAGGGUGUGGGAAAACGUUAUUAGCCAAAGCUGUUGCUAAUGAAGCUGGAGUUAAUUUCAUAUCAGUGAAAGGACCUGAAUUAUUAAACAUGUAUGUGGGUGAGAGUGAAAGGGCUGUAAGGACAUGCUUCAGACGUGCGCGGAAUUCAGCCCCAUGUGUUAUAUUCUUUGAUGAAUUCGAUGCCUUAUGCCCUAGACGAACAUCACAGGAUAACAAUGGAGCUGCCAGAGUUGUGAAUCAAUUGCUCACAGAAAUGGAUGGUAUUGAGAGCCGUGAGGGUGUGUUUGUCUUGGCUGCAUCAAAUCGUCCUGAUAUCAUUGAUCCUGCUGUAUUACGACCAGGUCGAUUGGACCGUGUUAUGUAUGUUGGCAUGCCGGCUAGAGAAGAUAGGUAUGAUAUACUUCGAAAAUUAACAAAAGAGGGUACAAAGCCACAAUUAGGGCCUGAUGUAGAUUUACAAGUGAUUGCUGAAUUAACGGAAGGCUAUACGGGGGCAGACCUUUCUGGAUUGGUAAGGGCAGCAGCAACAAACACAUUGACAAGUCACAUUUCAAAUGGAACAUUAGAAGGUGAAAUCUUUGUGACAUUCGAAGACUUCGGAGCAGCUCUGGCAAAAUGUAAACCUUCAGUAUCAGCCAAGGAGCAAGUACAUUAUGAAAAGUUGAGACUGAAGUACUCUGGGAUUGAUGAAAAGGAUAUGGAAAUGGAAACCGAGCCAGCAAAUGAAGAAUCUAUGGACACUGUGUGA